AUGCACGGAAGCGAAGCGCGAGAAAACGCAGAUGCGCGCAAGGCGCAGGAACGCGCGCGCGUAGUAAGUGGGUGGAAAGUAACUAAAGUAAGCGCGCCUAAGCGUGGUCAUGCGGAGCCAAAGCGCUACCGAGUAGAAAUGGAAAUGUACGCACUAGAGGGCUUGGUGGACAGUGGAUGGAUGCUUCUAGAUGGCUGGUGCUAUAAGGCACUCAAGCGCGGGAACGCCUACAUCUUCAAGUUGAUGACCAAAACAGAGGACUUUGCAAGACAUGAUGGAGCUAUGGAUGGAACAUGUACCGUCAUCUAUGGCCAUCACGAAUACCUAAAUCACCAUGGCCAACCCGAAAUGCUAGAUCGUCUUAAACAUGUUUAUGUUGAUGGUCUCAUAAAUGGGGUGGACAUCAGGAGAUUUACUGAUGAUUUCAGCGCCCAGGCCAAAGCUCAAACUACCGUGGCAAGUGUCAUUAUGGCGGUCAAUGCCAGCAUCCUUGCAGUCCCAGGUCUAGGUACACAACUGGCUAUGAAGGCAUUGUGUUCCAUCUCCUUCAUUCUCUGUGUCUACAGCAUCAUCGGGUGUGCAAUUGCACAACAAUUGGUUCAAAGCUUGAGAUACCUUGACUUUUCAGCAUAUUACUUACAAGAGGAGAUGGGCACUUUUGUGAUCCUUAGUUUGGCAUUUGCCAUCAUUGGAGUUCUAGCAGGGAUCUUCACUGUUGAAUUUGGCCUUCCCUUGUCCGAAAGGAUAGGAUGCGGGCUGAUCCUUGUUGUUGGGGGAGGGCUCAUGAUUCCAUUGACAAUGGCCAGCUUUGGGCCUGGACUGAUUCAAUGA